AUGAGCCAGGACAGCAAAGUGAAGACGACAGAAUCCAGCCCCUCUGUGCCAUCCAAGGCCAGGAAAACACUGCCUGUCCUGGACCCAUCUGGGGAUUACUACUACUGGUGGCUCAACACGAUGGUCUUCCCAGUAAUGUAUAACAUCAUCAUCAUCGUGUGCAGAGCCUGCUUUCCUGACUUGCAACAUGGUUAUCUGAUGGCCUGGUUAGUGCUGGACUACACGAGUGACCUGCUAUACCUACUGGACAUUGUGGUGCACUUUCACACCGGAUUCUUGGAACAGGGCAUCCUAGUGGUGGACAAGGGUAGGAUUUCGAGUCGCUACAUUCGCACCUGGAGCUUUUGCUUAGACCUGGCUUCCUUGGUGCCCACAGACAUUGCUUACAUGCGACUGGGCCCACACACGCCAACCUUGAGGCUGAACCGCUUUUUGCGUGUACCCCGCCUCUUUGAAGCCUUUGACCGCACUGAGACCCGCACAGCUUACCCCAAUGCCUUUCGUAUCACCAAACUAAUGCUCUACAUUUUUGUGGUCAUCCACUGGAACAGCUGCCUCUACUUUGCCCUGUCCCAAUACCUGGGCUUCGGGCGUGACGCCUGGGUUUACCCAGACCCUGCACAACCUGGCUUUGAGCGCCUAAGGCGCCAGUACCUCUAUAGCUUUUAUUUCUCCACGCUGAUCCUGACUACCGUGGGCGAUACACCACUUCCAGAGCAGGAGGAAGAGUACCUCUUUAUGGUGGGUGACUUCCUGCUGGCCGUCAUGGGUUUUGCCACCAUCAUGGGUAGCAUGAGCUCUGUCAUCUACAACAUGAACACUGCAGAUGCAGCUUUCUACCCCGACCAUGCUCUGGUAAAGAAGUACAUGAAGCUACAGCAUGUCAACCGCCGGCUGGAGCGGCGAGUUAUUGACUGGUACCAACAUCUGCAGAUCAACAAGAAGAUGACCAACGAGGUGGCCAUCUUACAGCACUUGCCAGAGCGCUUGCGAGCAGAAGUGGCUGUGUCUGUGCACCUGUCUACUUUGAGCCGGGUGCAGAUCUUCCAGAACUGUGAGGCUAGCCUGCUGGAGGAGCUGGUGCUGAAGCUGCAGCCCCAGACCUACUCACCAGGAGAAUACGUCUGCCGCAAGGGGGACAUUGGUCGAGAGAUGUACAUCAUCCGCGAGGGUCAGCUGGCCGUGGUGGCGGAUGACGGUGUCACACAGUACGCCGUGCUUGGGGCAGGCCUCUACUUUGGGGAGAUCAGCAUCAUCAACAUCAAAGGGAAUAUGUCUGGGAACCGCCGCACGGCCAACAUCAAGAGUCUAGGUUAUUCGGACCUAUUUUGCCUGAGCAAGGAAGACCUGCGGGAAGUGCUGAGUGAGUAUCCAAAGGCCCAGACCAUCAUGGAGGAAAAGGGCCGUGAGAUCCUGCUCAAAAUGAACAAGCUUGAUGUAAAUGCUGAGGCAGCUGAGAUCGCCCUACAGCAGGCCACAGAGUCCCGGCUGCAAGGCCUUGACCAACAACUUGAUGAUCUACAGACCAAGUUUGCUCGCCUCCUGGCUGAGCUGGAGUCCAGCGCACUCAAGAUCGCUUAUCGUAUCGAACGGCUGGAGUGGCAGACUCGAGAAUGGCCAAUGCCCGAGGAACUGGCUGAGGCAGAUGAUGAAGGCGAGCCUGGGGAGGAAACUUUUAAGGAUGGGGAGGGCAGGGCUGGCCAGGAGGGACUCCCAGGCCCAGAGUGA